UCCGGAGCUCUCCUCUGCCCUUUUCUGGGUGAGGGGCUGCUAUUCUCCCUGUGGUGGUCCUCCGGGGGCUCCCAUGCCCUGGGGGGCCUCUGGCUGUCUGGGGUCCGGGCCUCCUCCGUGUCUGCUUCAUGUCCUGAGGGAUGGGGCUGUGGCUCCCCACACACACUAAAAGAAAAAGAAAGGCCACUGAUCCGCCCACUCCUGCCCGCUGACAUCUUAUUGGCCAUUGGUGGCUGGAAUUUCCGCAAAACCAAUUGGAUUGAAGCCUAUGACACCCGGGCCGACCACUGGGUCGAUGUAACGCAGGGGCAGGAGACUCGCCAGUCCGCCCAUGGCAGUGUGUACUUAAAUGGCUUCGUGUAUUGUUUUGGGGGUUUUGAUGGCCACAAUUUCACCAACACUGUACGCAGAUUUGACCCCGUCGCACGGACAUGGCAGCACAUGGCACCGAUGCACUGGUGCCACUGAAAUGUUAGCGUGGCCGUAAUUAAUGGUUCCAUCUAUGUAAUGGGUGGCCAUUUACGCUUCUCGCCUCUAAUCAUAAUCGAGUGAUAUGACCAAGAAGCCAACGAGUGGACCAUCAUCCAGCCCAUGAACGAGGAGCGACAGGAUGCCAGUGCCACCACCCUGAAUGGAAAGAUAUAUAUUUGUGGGGGUAGCAAGGGAGCUCAGACUAAUUCCACUGCCGAGUGCUAUGAUCCACUCACGGGCGAAUGGACCUUGAUCACCCCAAUGAGCACUCGCCGACGUGGCCUUGGAGUAGCGGCAUAUCAGGGAAAGAUCUAUGUGGUGGGCGGUACCAACGGGGCUCAUCCAAUGUGGAGUAUGGAGGUUUAUGACCCUGCAACUAACCAAUGGCACGCUGCGCCUCCCAUGACAAAACCAAGAAGCUACUUCGGCAUCGCAGUGUUGGACGGCUUGCUGUUUGCAAUGGGCGUCUGAUGGGUUCAGAGUCACUGCCAAGGUGGAAUGCUAUGAUGCAGAGAAAGGCAGCUGGUACCGUGCGCAGGACAUGAUUACGCCCAAGAGGAACUUCAGCUGCUGCACAGUGCCCCCCCGCAUCGUACAGUAUGCUGCACCUCGCCCACCUGCCCCCAUCUGCCUGCCUGGUGGGUAACCAGGUUACG